GCAUUAAAAGAGCAGAUGCAAAAUCUACGGAAUGCUGAUGAUGAUGCAAAAAGAUUUCUGGAUGAAACAGAGAAAAGUUUUGAAGAAGCCCAAAAGCACAUACAGGUUCUGAAGAGUGAUAUUGCAGGAAAAGAUGCAGAGGUUGCACAAAUGAAAGCUCAUAUUUCAGAGCUUAAUUUACAUGCUGAAACACAGGCAAUGGAGUACAAGCAGAAUGUCAAAGCAUUGGAAGCGAUGGUCGAGCAAGUCAAACCUGAGGGCAUUUCCACGCCAUCCACCAAUGCUUUGUCAAACAAGUUUGAGAAGAACGCUCGCCAAGUCAUUAAGGUUCAGUUUCCUUGCAAAUGCGGCAACAAAACCGGUAAGUCCAACAAUUUACCACGGUACAAAAUAAAACCAGGUGACACGUUAAGCGAAAUAGCGACGGUUCGUUUUGCCGGUUUGGUGAAGUAUCAACAGAUCCAAACCGCUAAUAACAUACCAGAUGCUAACAAUAUAACCGCUGGUGAUACGCUUUGGAUUCCUUUGCCUUGUAGCUGUGAUAAGGUGGAUGACAGCAGUGUUUUGCAUUAUGCACAUGUUGUGGAAUCUGGUAAUACCAUUGAUAUCAUUGCUCAAAAAUAUGGUACAACGCCACAAACUCUACUCUCUGUCAACGGUAUUGAUGAUCCUAAAACACUUCAAGCCGGUCAAGUUCUAGAUGUUCCUCGUCCAGUUUGUAAAUCAAAUGUUGGAAAUAAUUCCGUGGAUUUUCCAUUGCUUGUUCCAAAUGGGACUUAUUUCUAUACUGUAAAUGAUUGUGUUAAAUGUAAAUGUGACUCUACUGGUAGUAAUAACAACAACAAUUCUAUGUUGCAAUGCGAGGAGUCGAAUAUAAAACCGAUAAAUCAUUGGUCGGUUUGUCCGUCUGCGAAUAUGUCCUCGAGAAUAAAUCUGAUAACAGCAUCCUGUUGA